AUGGCUCAAUCCAACUAUGUCUUACUCUCUCUUGAUAUCAGCAACGAGAGUUUUAACGAAAUGCAAUUACCAGAUGAACUUGAGGAGAAGAAUGACGAUCUGUGUAUGGUUCUGGGAGUGUUGGAAGGGUGCCUUUGCGCACUUGUCAGCUCAUAUGUUAAUGAUGCGAAGAUUGGUUUUGAAGUGUGGGCGAUGCUGGAUUUUGGAGUUCAAGAAUCUUGGGUUAAGCGUUAUGUCAUAGGCCAUGAGAGUAUUAUCAGUGACAGUAACUAUAUUAGGCUUAUGUGGACUUCAAAGAAUGGAGAUAUUCUACUCUUGAGUUGCGACAGUCUAGUUUUGUAUGAUCCAAAACAUGGAAGUGCUAGAGAAUUAAUAAUCAAUGAUACAUUCUUGAUCGCUGACAAUUAUUUUCAAAGCUUAGUUUCACUGAACUCUGGUACUUAUGUGAGGACAGAAGACGGCCUAAAAAUCAAUGGAAACCUGAAGAAGAAGCUUUAG